GGUGUUGCAACAAAUGAGCAGCAGAUAGGAAAAAAAGUGCUUCUAUUAUUCCCGUGUUUGAACAGUUCUCAUUGACUGUUCAAGAACUUCAGUUGGGCGGCUUCUAGCUUAGUUGAGGUAGCAGAGCCCGUGUGUUCUUGGGCGGUGUGUUCGUGUAUGUGUGUGAGAGAGACAGUGUUCGUCUCGGGUAGGAAACACAGAAAAGAAGUUUAGCGAAGCAUACACCUGGGAGCAAUGUUUUUCAAAAAAGUGGUCUCGAUCUUGGUGAUCUGCAUAGUGGCGCAGAGCGUACUGGCCGAAGAAAGCAAGCAGGAUGCUGCUUCGGAGAAUGUUCUGAACGAGCUCAGUUGGUCCUGUGCGAACAAUGCAUCCUGCGUGACGCGGCUGGCCAGGGAUGUGGUGCAAAAGCUGAAGGCACGCAAACCGGUCGACUUCGGAGCAUUCAGCAUCGAACCGGUCGAGAAAAUUCCGCUUACCGUCGAGGGACGAUCAUCCCGGGCACUGGAUUUCUUCAGUGGCAAUGCCCUCAAGUUCCCAAUCGGACCGGUGCUCUUCAACGUCGAACGAUCCGCCGACUAUCCGAACUUUAUCGAGGUGUCCCUGCUCAGAAAGGACGAUGGAGCCCGAGGCAAAACCCGCAAACACAUGCGCUUCUUCGUGCCAGCAUUCCUGGUCUUCAGCCAAAUCGGCUGGUACGCGCUCGCCAUCGCCGGAGUCAAGCUGUUAGCGAUUAAGGCCUUUUUAGUCGCCAAAAUUGCCCUAAUCGUUGUAGCGAUGAUGACCUUCAAGAAACUAAUGGAACCAGUAGCCGUUCUACCACCGCCGUACUUCGACCAUCAGGAACCGUACCUGAUGCCGUACAGCAUGGACUUCCACCACGGCUUCCCCGGUUCCGGACACGACAUGUACCCGAUGGGACUCGGUGGACACCUCGGACAUCACGACGGACCGGCAGCUCUGCACGCCGCCGAAGGUCUCGGCGCCGCUAGCAACGUGAACGCCGUCGUCGAUACCAAUCAGGCUGCGGACAAGUCGGCCUCGGUUGCCAGCGGAGCGUCCGCGGCAGCGGCCAGUUCCAACGAUCGCCAUCACUUCCCCGGUGGCAAAAUCAAGCGGCAGGACUUCUACCCGGCGAUGCCGUCUGCCAAGUACUACUAAACCACCACCACCACCACCCCCCCCAAUUCAGGUACAACCAAAAAACCCCCAAUCCCACCCGCUCUAGUGUGCCCCUCGAAAGUAGUUAACGAAGACAAGCCACUGCAUCGUGAGGCAGAAUUCUACCUCCGCGUUCGCGUUCAAUAAGAAGUAGUCACGCCACCACCGGGCCCAACCGAAGCCCUGUCCAAAACAUCCCUACGAACCUAAACAAAGCCCGAUCAAAGGAAAUUAAAUGAAACGAUGAACCCCUCCAACCCCAAUCAAAAGAUAACAGAUCUGUUCAAUGUUUAGUCAUAGUAUUUUCCACAUCCGCGAGAGAUCACUUCCCUCCCGGAAUGGGGAAAAGCAUUUCAAUCUGUUGUACAAUUAUUUUCCGCCGCCCCUUCUGUACAAUGCUGUUACGAACUAAUAUUUAUUUAUUUAUUGAAAG